AAAGAAGUCUUGGAUCGUACUGUAGCCUCCCCAAAAAGCCAUCCUUUUUCUCUCUUCAUGAGUCUUGCCCCUCGUAUAAAUUUCAAUGCACUUAUUUCUCCCGAGAGAAAACAUACCUAAAAACCAACCAAUGUCUCUGGUCAUCGGUCGGCCUCGUCUCACAAUUAGAGGAAUCCGAAGAGCAAGAACUUUCCGUUAUUUCUGGUGUCAAAACUGCCAUCGUAGUGUUAGUAUUGUGAUCUCCACAAACAUAUUCGAAACAUGUCCCCAUUGCUUCCAUGAGUUGCAUCUUGACCUGGACAUGUCAAGGCCUACCCCCGUGAUCACUGGACUUAGGAGCCUAGACGACUUGGCUCGCCUGCUCGACCCAUCUCCAAUGCCUCGUCAAAAUGCUGGUUUUGGCAGGAGAUUGGAAUUAGGGGUCCCUGAAGUUGGAAAUGGAGGAUCAUUUGAACAAGCUUGGAUUAGUACUCUUGUCGAACCGCCUCGUCCACCAAGACCUAUUUCUCCACCAUUUGAGGAGGUGCUGAACGAGUUGGUCGGAGGGAUGGCCCAGCAGAAUGACCUGCAGCCAGGGCCGCCUCCGGCUCCGGUUGCUGCAGUUUCAGCCAUCGAAGCCUUACUGCUAAGGGUGAAACUCACGCAGAAGCAUUUAGAUAACGACCCCGGUUGCCCGGUGUGCAAGGAAGAUUUUGAGGUUGGUGGGGAAGUGAGAGAGAUGCCAUGCAAACAUUUCUAUCAUUUCGAUUGCAUUGUCCCUUGGCUCUCCAUCCACAACACUUGCCCUGUUUGCCGCUAUGAGCUGCAAUUCACUUACGACAACUACGUUCUAGAAGACUUCAGAGAUGAUGAAGGUUUUCACUUUGAAGAUCUAACAAACGGGCUGAUCAACUGGUUAUGGAAUCGACUGUUCUUUUUCUGGCCUUUCCGUGCACUGUCGAGAUGGGCACAACGCUACCUUAAUUUUGAAGAUUCUACGCCACACUAGUUCCUCUGGGGGUUUUUCCUGGUGGCAUUCUUGGCCCAUUCUAUAGCUUUGUGUUCAUGUCACUGGCGGGUGCUAAAAACAGUUUCUCUGAACUCUACAAUUCAUAAUCAUGUUGCUUCCCCUUCCAAGGCAGGUAAAAGAAAAAAAAAAUAAUAAUUAGUUAAGGUAAGAAUGAUCAAGAUGAAGAUAUACAGCUGUGAUGAAAACACGUUGAAGCUUUUCAGGUACGUAAUCACAGCCUAUAUCUCAAGUGGAGUGAAAUAGCCAUGCAUGGAGUUGUUAUGUAAUGGAACAGAAAAUAUAGGGUAAAUUAUCUUAUAGGGAUCCUAAUUUAUAUAAUAAAAAAAUUAAAUUUUUCAAACCAGUGCGUAAAGCAUAUUGAGUAAAGUAAUUAAAUGGUAUAAUCUGAUUUAAAAAAUAAAUUUUAAAAUUUAAAUCUCAUACAUUAAAUAUUAUUAUUUAAAUAAUAUGGACGAGAUGACUUACGUACUAGCAAUAAUUCUUAUAGUAAAUUUAAAUAAACAAAAUUAGUUAAAUAAAAAUAAUUUUAAGAAAAUAAUUAAAAAAAUUUGACAUCAUUUCAAAUAACACAUAAUGAUAUUAUAAAAAAUUAAUAUUACGUACAGCUAUAGUUAUAGAAUGUUGAAGCGUCUAAUUAGUUUAAAAUUAAUUUAUUAUUAAAAAUUAUUUUCUUUCGUACACUUACACGAGGGCUACAGUAAUGAAUUUCAUCUUAAAUUUUCUUAUGAGAAAUGAUUUGUGCCGUCAAUAAAUACAGUCAGCAUGCAGUCGUUUUAAAAAAAAUAAAUUAAUAUAAGAUUUAUAU